CAUCAAACAAACAAGAGUGACAUUUGGAAAAUUCUGAUAAGUUCUGGAAUAAAAAUAGGACAAUAAUGACUUAACGGACGUUUUCUAGGGGCAACCAACCUAGUGUGGCCGUUAAUUGAUCAUAUUACCACACGUACUGUUUGCAGUACCGAGCAAGCUGAUUAUUCCUACAGCAACCUCAUUCAUUCGGGAAUCUUCUAUCUGUACAAUCAUGUUGCCUAGUGAAAACAAAUGAUGUUUGUAUUUGAGUAUUCUGAUGGAAGCCCAAACGAGUUUCAACAAAGCUUGUAUACUUAAAUCCUCCUCUUCAAAAGCACUGGCUAGGCAUUCGAAAUCCAUGAGUCUACUUGUAAUACACUUCUAUGAUACCCACAAUGGACAGCACCAUGAAUCCAGGUAACAAUAAGAUUGUCUUCGUUCUUGGGCCUCCAGGAAGUGGCAAAGGCACGGUUUGCAAGGAGGCUGUCAAAUCGUUGAAGCGUCCUCCUCAUCACCACCUCUCUGUUGGGGACUAUCUACGGGAACUCUGUGACCCUACGACGAUCCAGGCUGGGAACGACAUCGAUCACAACAAGAUUCGUGAUUACUUGCGAGAUAACAAGUUACUACCUGCUGACGUGCUCAUCCCGAUUCUCAAGGACAAGAUAAAUUCUACGCCGAAUGUGGAUGUCACAGAGACUACUUGGUUGAUUGAUGGGUUCCCGCGUAAUAUGAAGACUGCUCGCGCGUUCGAAAAGACAAUUGGCAUGCCCCUGAAAGUCAUCGUUCUCGAAUGCAGCCGUGACGUCGCCAAACAUCGAUACCUGAGCCGAGCUAGAGAGCAGAUGGACGAUGAGGAACGCUUUGAUAAGCGAUACGAUGGCUACAUCAAGAACAUGGAGGCUAUUCAGAAGCACUAUAAGAGUAAGGGUGUUAAUAUGGAAUCGAUUCCUGCGAACGGAGACAAGGUGAAGUGCCUGGGGGAAUUUAUGGCCGCGUUACCUGGGGUAUCUGAAGAUUGAACAAGCGAGAAGACAAAGGUAUUGCGGGAGAUACGAGAUACGCU